ACACAUUCAGUGAAUUUCUCAAAACUUCUGCGUUACCUCUAUGUCAAUAUUAUACGUUCAUCUUUUAAAGAAUAAUAUUUAUUGCUAUGUACUAAUAUCGCCAUUUAAACUUCAAAAUCCGUAUACAGAUUACGGCAAUACAUUCCAAAGAUGAACCGAGUUAUUUGUGAGUUGAUUACCAUCCAACGACUAGGCUCCAUGGCAUUUCAUAUACAGACGAUGUUUUAGUUUAGCUAUUAGAUCGUGUCAUUUUGUCAAACGAAACGUUUAGUGUUGUAUAUUUCAAUAAAUAUGGACGUAGAAGACUACGAUAUCUCAAAACUAACUUCGAAGUUUAAAAUUGAGGCCAUUAGGGAAGUUUUGAAACUGCAUUUUGUAGAUUCAAAAACGCGUAUCACAGAAGAUGUGCUGCAGCUCGUGGCAGAAGUUAUUCGCAUUAUAACCACAGAGGCUACUUUGAGAGCAAGCAGGCAAGCCAGUAUUGAGGGACUGGUAGAGGUACAGAUUUUGCACGUAGAGAAGAUACUGCCACAACUAAUGCUGGAUUUCAUCUGACAGAGCCAAACAGUGAACCCCUAGCAAAUAAAACUACACACAAUUAACCGACUGCAUCAGUUAUACAGAUUUACUAUAUAUAAAUUGUCGUUUUCUUCUUGAAUUUCUUUGUAAUGUUAUGUAGCCAGUAUAUAAACAAAUUUGUUCUUCUGUAAAUAUGGGAAAAUAUAAUUUGUAUUUUUUUAUGAAAAUAUGCCAUAAGCAAAGGUCUCGUGACAGGCUGAUCACCUAUCUAGGAAGUCCUGCUAAAUGUCUAAACCGAUUCACGAUUUCAGGAGAAAUUCUUAAUUGGAACAGGCCAUAAGGUCUAAUCCAUGAGUUGAUGUUUCUUUACGCACGUGAUAUUUUUGUACUUGUAUAGGGUCUACUCCUUGUAGUUCGUUGUGUCUGGAUGCGAAUGCAAUAAAAGGAGAAUGGAGAUACAAUUUUGAAA